AGCAACAUUUCACAUGUAUUGUUGUAUAAAAAACCACACUUACUUCACUCCCUCAACAUUAUCCUAAAAACAGAGCAACCCUUACAAACACCACUCUCUAACUUCAAUGGCAAAAGACUUUGAAACCGAACCUCAAGCUGGUGGUGGUUUACCAAACAAGGACUACCAAGAUCCACCACCAGCUCCACUCUUCGACACUACAGAAUUCGGCCAAUGGUCCUUCUAUAGAGCCCUCAUUGCCGAAUUCGUCGCGACUCUCCUCUUCCUCUAUGUCACCAUUUUAACCGUCAUUGGCUACAACUCCCAAACUGAUCCAGCUCAUAAUGGCACCCAUUGUGACGGUGUCGGUAUCCUCGGCAUCGCUUGGGCCUUCGGUGGCAUGAUUUUUGUCCUUGUCUACUGCACUGCCGGUAUAUCUGGGGGACACAUAAAUCCGGCGGUAACAUUUGGGCUAUUUCUGGCAAGGAAGGUCUCAUUGAUCAGAGCUGUGUUAUACAUAGUGGCACAGUGUUUAGGAGCAAUAUGUGGGGUUGGAUUAGUAAAAGCUUUUCAGAAAGGUUACUAUAACAGAUACAAAGGUGGUGCAAACAUGUUAAAUGAUGGUUACAGUAAAGGAACUGGUUUAGGUGCUGAGAUAAUUGGAACUUUUGUUCUUGUUUACACAGUUUUCUCUGCCACCGAUCCAAAAAGAAAUGCUAGAGAUUCUCAUGUUCCUGUUUUGGCACCACUUCCAAUUGGGUUUGCUGUGUUUAUUGUUCACCUUGCUACAAUUCCUAUCACUGGAACUGGUAUCAAUCCUGCUAGAAGCUUUGGUGCUGCUGUGAUUUACAACAAUGAGAAAGCAUGGGAUGACCAAUGGAUUUUCUGGGUUGGACCCUUUAUUGGUGCUGCCAUUGCUGCAAUUUACCACCAGUUUGUGUUGAGAGCACAAGCAGCGAAGGCUUUGGGUUCUUUCAGGAGUUCUUCAAAUCUGUAAUGCAAUUUCAUGUGGCCAAAUUAGAGAUGGUUUAAUCACUUAAUUGUAUGCUUAGACAUGGUGGAUUGGAAUCUCAUCAUUAUGUAUCGACAUUGUUUAAUUAUGGUUUAACAAAUUAAUGUAUGCACUUUAAAUUUUGUGUUAAAUUUGAUUUCAUCAUUUGUCUUAAA